GUAUCACGCAGAUCUCACCGGAUCCGACACGCGGCAGGUUCCUCACACGGAGUCACGGAGAGUGUGUGUGCGCGUGGGUCGGUGUGCGGGAGUGCGCGCGCGCGCGUGUUUGCGUGUUUGACAGAAUGUGUGUGUGUUGGAGUUGAUCGGAUCGCGCGCUGGGGAUCUGGAGCGCUCGGGCUCGUGCUGAUCGGAUUUCGGUGUCCGGGACUGAAAUGAAACCCAGACGGAGUUAAAACACACACACACACACACACACACACACACACACACUUGUACGCGCACACACUCGACACACACUUUGCCGCAGGAAAGCGCACUUUAACUCAGAGGAUCUCAAGUCAACUUUGCAACCAUGGGGGAGCAGCCGAUCUUCACCACGCGAGCUCACGUCUUCCAGAUCGACCCCAGCACCAAGAAGAACUGGGUUCCCGCCAGCAAACAGGCCGUCACCGUCUCCUACUUCUACGACAGCGCACGCAACACCUACCGCAUCAUCAGCGUGGACGGGACGAAGGUCAUCAUUAACAGCACCAUCACACCCAACAUGAACUUCACCAAAACCUCACAGAAGUUCGGUCAGUGGGCCGACAGUCGAGCGAACACCGUGUUCGGCCUGGGGUUCGGCUCCGAACAGCAACUCUCCAAGUUUGCUGAAAAGUUCCAGGAGGUGAAAGAAGCGGCCAAAAUGGGCAGAGACAAAUCGCUGGAGAAAUCGGACACGGCCAGCAACCACUCGCUGGAAUCCGGACGCAAUACGCCGUCGUCCAAUCAGGCGUCGAGUAUGAACGGGACAGACGACGAAAAGUUCUUUCACGCCCCUGAUACUCCAGUGCUAAAGAGUGAAAACGAACGGCUUAAAGCUGCAGAACAGAGCUCUAAGCAGUACGAGCUGGAGCUUCAGUCCCUGAACGAGAGUAACACCCGACUGACGGAGGCGCUGCAGGAGGCCAACGGCAGUGUGGAGAAAUGGAAAACACACACUGCGGCAUGCCAAGAGGAGAACACUCUGCUGAGGAACAAGGUUGCAGAGCUGGAGUCGUUGUGUAAGGAGGUAAAUCAGGAUAAAGAGAAACACAGUCAGCUGGUCGCCAAAGUGCAAAAGCUCCAGACUGAAGUGCAAGAGAAAGAACAGGAGCUGGAGAAUCUGAGAAAGCAGGCUGAGAUAAUUCCACAGCUGAUGAGCGAGUGUGACGGCCUUAACGUCAAGCUUCAGGCGGCGGAGCAGUCCAAUCACGAGGCCCGGGGAAGGCUGGGGGUGCUGCAGGGCGAGGUGAGCGAGGGUCAGCACCGGCAAAGCAACAUGAAGAACGAGCUGAAGAAGUUCAUGGACGUGCUGGAGGGGAAGAUCGACGAGCUCCACGAAGUCCGGCAGGGGUUAUCUCGCCUGGGCAUGGACAACUGAUGUGCUCACGCACACACGCACGCACACACACACACACACACACACACACACACACACACACACACUGUAUGGCCAAAUGUAUGUGCAAUGCAUAAAGACCUAGUGUGACCUCCAACCUACAAACAACCAACAUCAGCUCGUUACCCUUACAGAUUCUCUAUCUUUUUAACCUGAAUGGGCACAAAUCCCAACAGACACACUCUAAAAUCUAAGAGUGGAGGUUGCUAAGUUCACUUUAACGCAUAUGGCUUUACAUUGGGAGUGUCCACAUACUUUUGGCCACAUAGUGUACGAUGAAACUGGGUGUCUAUGGAUUUGUAAUGGGGGAUAUUUAAGGUUACAACUCAAACACUCUCGCCUGCGUUCACGCUAGCCGACGCCCGUGUACCGUUGCUAAUGGGCGUGGUCACAUCUUCGCAAGCGGGCGCGCUACGGACGAACCUGAGUUCCAGUGAGGCGGGUCCUGUUUACAUACAAUAAACACGUCAGACCUGGACUGGACGUGACUGGCGCACUGGCGCCUGCUAUUGUGAACGCAUGGUCACACACACACACACACACUACAUAAAGCUUGACUACUAGGGAGUGACAGCCAUAUAUUUUUACACACACACGUUUAACACACUAAGGUAAUCUCAGGGUGCUGGUGGAACACACACACACACACACACACACAGGUCAAUUGCAGUUUCACAAAGUGCCUGAGGGUGGCGUGAGACCCUAACUAACCUCACACACACACACACACACACACACUUGUGCAAUACAUGACAGAAAGGGCGGGACUUGGUUUUUCAAUAGAGUUUUAUAUACGAGUGUUUAUUCUGAUCAUUUGGUUUAUAAAUUCUACGCUAUAAUUCUAUAUGAUUGGUGUGUGUAUGUGCAGCUCUGUCUGAACUUUUCUUUAGUGUGUAUCCGUGCUGAGGAGGAGUGUGUGUGUGUGUGUACUUGUAAGGGAAGUGUACUUUUUUGGUCGAAUAAUUUGGUAAUGGGACUGUGUUGUUUUUUUUACACAUACAAGUGUGUGUGUGUGUUGUUAAACACGGAGCAUGUGCUGAUAUUGAUUUGCUAAAUUUAUUGCAGUUAACUUAAAUUAACCUAAAUUGCUUCGUCAGAUGGGCACCCCUAGUGGGCACGAUCGUCAGUGCAGACAGUGCACUAACGGGACUAAAAAGUGGGUGGGGUUGGAAUAUUCCGCUAACACACCAGCGCCGAGAUUCUGAACUCCUCGGUUCGGAACUUGCCAUCGGCACCGGUCGGCUGGGCGCCAUCUAGCGGGCAUAAUCGGCAGUGCCUGCGGUAGACACGUAUCUGCCAGGGAGGGAAGACCGGACUGUGUGGGUGGGGUCUUCAGUUGCUGUGUAAGGACCCUGAUUGGCAGAUAGAGGCGCCUGUGCAGAGUGCAUGGGUGCUGUGUGUGCCCCCAGGGUGGGGAGCGCUGAUUUAGGGUAAAGGGCCUCGCUCAAGGGUCCAACGGGUCCAGGAGGCGUGAGCAGCAAUAUACCCACCGAGACUGCAAUCAGGGAUCCACCAGCAGAUGGAGACAGACUGACUACGAUAAACUGGGAGAAAAUGCAUAAAAUAUAAAUAUAUAUAUAAAUACUUUUAAUCUCAGCUCUGCUACCGGUCGGCUGGGCACCCCCCACUGCCUGCAGCAGACAAAAUCAGCCACUAGUCUGCUGGGUGGGAAAAGAUGGGACUAAAAAGAAGGCAGGGUCUUCGAGGCUGUGUAAGGACCCUGGUUAGUAUCCCGAGUCGCCUGUACAGAGGUGGAGAUCAGCGCGUGACUCUCCAUGAGUGAGACCGACCUCAUGCAUCAAUCCACCGAAGUACGGGCGGAUAAGAAGGGGUCGGUGGAGCGUGGGUGUGUCGGAGGGAGGGUGUGACAGGAGAAUAUACCCUCCUCAGUGCGCCAUCGGGGUCUCCAGCAGAGGAAGAGGAACUGGGUAUGACCAAACUGGGAGAAAAUUGUAUUUACGAUGUUUAGUUUAGUUGUUCGUACUGGACUCCUUUUAUAUCGGAAAGACGGUAACGAUUAUCGAAGGAAGAAGUAGUGGCUCGCUGUAACCAUAGCAACACUAAUAACACUAAGAAUUGUAAGUAGCUGGUUAGCUAAGCUGUGGGAACCGGCGACACUCGAUUUGCUCCUCGAGACAAAAACAAGACCGAGCUACCAAAGAUCUGUUAGUCUCCAUAACAACAAUAUCGGUGUUAAAUAUCGUGAUCUAUUGUAUUAUCGAUUAUCAGCACAUGCCCGACACACACACACACACACACACUCCUUCACACACACACUGGGUUCUUUCCUGGCUCUCACUAUCAGUGUUUCGGACGCCUCACCUUCCUGUUUUGACUUUUCUGGGGUUUUGUUUCUCUGAUCAAUAAUGUACGAUAAUAAAAAUUGUUAAAUAUAGUUUCAAUAUAAAAGCA